AUGGAGUCUGUCGCUGAAGUUUUGAGGGUUGUGGGGGCGAUUGUGUCUGCCUUCCAGGCCGCUGCAGACACGCUCGAGUUUGUAAAGGAGCGCAAGGAAAAGAAGAAACGGAAGAAAGACAGAGAGCUCGAGGAGCUGCUGGAGAUCAAGAUCUUGCACAAGUCACUGGUGGAGGGCGGGACGAGAUGCCGCAAGCACUGCGAGAACAGACAUCAACAGUUCGGGAGUGCAUUCGAGAUUGGCGACGCACUUGCGAUUCCGGCGCUCAAGGAAGUGGUCAUCAGCAUUCAAUCAGAAAUCAUCCAAGCAUUAAAUCUCGCGCGGGCGGUGGACAACGCAGUAUUGGACUUCACAGCUCUUCAUGAAUCAUCGGUGACAGGCCGCAAAGAUGCGACAAGAGCCAUGGACCAGCUCUGUCAGCGCAUCAUGGCUAGCAUGCAGGUUGAACCCAAAAGCCGCAGGGAGAGCGUUGAAGCGACAACUCCCUCCGCAUCCAGCCUGUUGUUUAGCUAUGCAAACAUGCAGCCUUCAGAGGGCCAGGAGAGAUUCGACACAUCAUUCCCUUCGCUUCCCUCUGCCAUGGAGUCGCCACCACCAUCGGUUCUCCAACGAACGCUGCCCGAUCGUACAUUCACUGUCCGCCAACAUAACGGAACAGCUCUCCGAACAAGCCAGAAGAGCGGGUCGCUCCCAUUACCAGAAAGCCGGGCGCUUAAAGUGACUAAUUUGCAAGGUCAACAGGCGGAUAACGAUUCAUUAGUAUCUCGACCGAUUUCAAGCCUAGACCAGGAGCAACAACCAGAAAGUUCAGACGACCUAGAAGUCGAGGACACAAGCAAAGUCUCGAUACGUGAUUCCGGCCUUGGAAGCGAUCGAAGCUCUGAGCACUUACAUAUCAUGAAAACUGCAUCAGUGGCCAAGUCUAUCGAGCUUCAGAGAGCUCCAAUCGGUGGAAUUGCCGUGCACCAGCACCCUUUACGCUCAAUCCCACCACCGGAGCCAAAGCCUCCAACCGUUGAACUGAAGUUGCGAACAUCCGAUAUAGAGCAGCACGACUACGGAACAGGAACUCCCGAUCUUGCAUUGCACACCUCAGAUGCAUCACCUACGCCUUCUUUGACAGCAACACCACUUUCGGCACGCAUUUCUCGCAUUGAAAAGCCCGAAGAUGUGUUGCGAGCUCUCGAAGCACCAGAGGUGGUGACGAAAGACUUCGGAGUGAUGUUUUCCAUGCGGCCGAUUGCAUCUGCUCCAACCACUCCUGCUAGCGGCGCUGACAAGUAUUUGGCGUUUCGCACGCAAUCAGACUAUGCAGAAGCCCUGUUUUCUCUCAGCCCGGGAAUGGACAAUAUUUGGGCUCCUCUGUCGCGACCUGCAAUGCACAAUCGAUAUCAUGGCUUUUGCAAAGGCGCAUGGCAGAUGCGCAAAGCGGUGAGUACUCUUUGCGGUGUGCGGCCACUGUUGGAAUUGUUCAUUCUGGUCGCUGACUUGGUGUUGUGUGAAGGUGCAUGA